AUGGCCGCCGCCUAUGUGUUUAUCCAGAGGGGAAGAAGGAGAAUCCGUAGAGAACGCGUUCUCAGGGACUACAACAAUCCUCUGGACUACUUAGAUGAUGAAAGCAUCGUGAGUAAAUACAGACUAACUCGACCAAUGAUACACAAUCUAUGUGCUAUGUUCGAAAACGACCUUCACCGGCCAACAAUGAGGUCGCGUUCACUUCCAGUGUCUCUUCAAAUAAUGGUAGCUCUACGUUUUUACGCCAGUGGUAGUUUUCAAGAGGUUGUAGCAGAUAAUCACAAUAUUUCUCGGCAAAGCACAGGGAAUGCAAUCGAAGAUGUUACAAAUUGUUUGACUGAAAUUUCCAAACAUCACAUUAAUAUGCCAGUUGAUGUAGUAGAGUUGAACAAAAAAAAGAAAGACUUUUAUGAAAUUGCUCAUUUUCCAAACACUGUUGAGGCAAUAGAUUUUGAAAUGUCUGUGAACGGCACGAUAACUGAAGGAUGGUUAUUAGGAGACAGUGGAUACCCAUUGCGCCCAUGGCUGUUAACACCCGUGUUAAACCGAAAAUCUCAGGCUGGGGAGAGAUACAACACAGCCAAUAUCCGUACAAGAAACGUGAUAGAGAGAGCUUUUGGUGUGCUUAAGGCUCGUUUCCGGUGCCUGGACAGUAGCGGCGGAACACUUCUGUACAAUCCCGGAAAGGUGUGCAAAAUAUUUGUUGCGACAGCAGUGCUACACAAUAUGUGCAUCAUCGAGAGAAUCCCACUCUCUGAAGGACGUGAUCCCCACGAUAAUGGACACAUACGUGCUCAACACUAUGCUGAGAAUUUAAAUGAUGAUGGAGCAAAUGUCAGAUUAAAACUAGUAAAUGAAUUUUUCAGAAAUUGA